CUCCCACCCUCACUCUCCUGCAUGGAGCUGCAGUAUAUGAGAGGGUCUCCUGGGUCUAGCUUCACUGCAGUGUAGAGAAGGGCAGGGCGGCUGUUCAGUACGAUGCGCUGAAGGAUGGUGCACCAGGAAAAACGCGUUUAUCAGGCCCAGAGGAAUGAGAGAGAGUCCAUCAGGCAGAAACUUGCCCUUGGCAGUUUCUAUGACGACGAGCCAGUCAUCUACACCAGCUGCAGCAAGAACGGCCCGGCCUCCCGGCUGCAGAGUGGGGUGAACCUGCAGGUGUGUUUUGUUAAUGACAGCAGCAGUGACAAAGACAGUGAUGCUGAGGACAGCAGGACAGAGACCAGUCUGGACACGCCGCUGUCACCUGUGAGCAAGCAAAGCUCAUCUUUAUCAGAUCGAGACACGGCAGAGGAGGACUCAGACCCGUUAGAUGACUGCGGCGGGUUCUGGCGGGUGCAGCGGAGGCUCCAAGAGGAGGCCCGUGUGGCAUUGGCUCUGGCAAGACCCAUGGCCCGCAUGCAGGUGGAGGUGGAGAGACAAAUCCAACUGCACAGACGUUCACCUGUGGCUGACUUGCUUCCCCAUCUGCCCCACAUCAGCGAGGGAUUGAUGAAGAGAAAUCUGAGGAGAGGGGACAUGAGGGACAUGAGUCUUGGCCAGCUGCAAGUCAUCACAAAUGAUUUACACUCACAGAUUCAGAGUCUAAAUGAGGAGCUGGUGCAGUUGCUGCUGAUGAGGGAUGAACUGCAUGUGGAGCAAGACGCCAUGCUGGUGGACAUAGAGGACCUCACCAGGCACGCUCACAGCCAUCAGCGGCACCAGGCAGAGAAAGCCAUCUCUAAAUAAACUCCCUAUCUUCACAUGUGUCCGUCUGCACGCCAUCCAACACACCUCUCCAUGGACUGUCACUAAUAUUACUAAUGAAAUUCCAUCUGUGCUGACUGUCUCUGGAGAGCUGAAUAGGCCAUAUAGUAUUAACACACACACUCAUAAUGUAUUGCACCAUUGAAUGUUGUCCGAGGACCCGUUAAAAGAACAUCUAAAAGAAGUUGAGUGAUCACCGCUUUCAAUAUGGACACAGUAGAGUUUGUGCAGGCUUUUCACUUCCACUCAGCAUGAUUAAUAAUGCCAUAUUUCAUAGAAUUAGGGGAAUCCUCUUGACUUAAUUCCAUCCCUAGCCCUGAUUUACCUGCUCAUGAUUUUGCACGGUACACUUGUGUAUGUUCAUGCUGGACUGGAGGGAGCACCUCAUUUGUCUCAAAAAGGGUAAUGACUUCUGCAAAUGGGCCACAUCUCACUGAAACCCAUGAUCUAUUAAUUAUUUGUGUCUAUACUAACCAAGAUGGAGUGAUCAGACUCUCCUGUCCAGCCAUGUCUUUAUUCAUUCUUUCACUAAGGGCACUGUGUCAUUGCUGUUUAACACUGAAAUUAACUCUCAAACUAUCUAAGCUGUUGCAAUAGAAAAUCAUAAACACUACCUGUAUCUGUGCACAUUUGCAGCUUAGCUUCACAGUGGUGUUUAAAUGCUGCAGCAGCUUCACUACAGUCUCUACGGUCAGGAUCAUUAAGACACAAAAUUGGAUGUAAGUCACUAGCUGCUAUUUAAAGAUGCAUUCAGAGCUAUAAUGAACAUCAUUUUUAACUUUAUGUAGACAAAUUUGUAUUUGUCAAAUGCAUCUGUACAAUAGAUGAAGAAGAUAUAGGUUAUAAAAUUAUUUUGGGUUAAUACGUAGGGAAAAAGCAAAAGUAGAGGCAUGUUGAGCAGCCUCUAAAUAAAAAUAUGCAAUGUGAUUUUUGUUAUGCUCAGUUUACUAAUGCUACAAAAGGGUGAACAUAAAAAAAUGUAAAACAAAAAUAUUAACAAAUCACAACCUAUACAUAUAUCUAUUUUAUCUGUUAAAAAGAUUUAUGGGCAUAUUUUAUGUAAACGUUAAAGGUGCAGUGUGUAGAAUUUAGUGGCAUCUAGCAGA